GGGGGUGCGGCGGGCGUGGGGGGCGCGGGGGGCGCGGAGCUGGGCCGGCGGCUGCUGCUGGCGGCGCGCGUGGGCGACACGCCGGCCGUGCUCGACCUCAUGGUCAAGGGCGCGCCCUUUACAACAGACUGGCUGGGCACGUCGCCGCUGCACCUGGCGGCGGCCAACGCGCACGAGGAGACGUGCGCCGUGCUGCUGCGUGCCGGCGUGUCGCGUGACGCGCGCACCAAGGUGGAGCGCACGCCGCUGCACCUCGCCGCGCACGCCGGACACGCGCGCGUCGUGCGUCUGCUGCUGCGACACGGCGCCAACGUCGACUGCAGGGACAUGCUGCAGAUGACGCCACUGCACUGGGCGGCGGCGCGCGGGCACGAGGCGGCCGCGCGCGCGCUGCUGGCGGCCGGCGCGGACCCGCGCGCUCGCUGCAAGUUCCGCAAGACGCCGCGCUGUCUGGCGCUGCGUGCGCGCGCCUCGCGCCUCGUCCGCCUGCUGGACGACGCGCUGGCGCAGCAGGAGCUCGCCGCCUCGCUGCGCCCCAUCGCACACGACGAUACUUUGGCAGAGGAAAGCGCAAGUCAGAAAAAUUUGGAAACUGUAACACGUCUGCUCGGGGCCGACGCGAACAAACUUAAGAACAUACAAGAAAAUAAUGUUAGAGCAGAAACUAAAUCCGAGGUAUGUGCCUUGUUAUUUUAUUGUAUAAUUCGUUUAAAAAUGGUGCGAGCAGGGGGCGCCGGGGGCACGCCGGGUGUGGGGGGCACUACGAGCGCGGGGGGCACGACGAGCGCGGGGGGCACCGCGGGCGCGGCUGAGGCGCUGCUUCGACGGCACGGCAUCGCGCUGCUGCCGGCCGACGAGGGCAGCACCGUGCUAAACGCGCUGCAGAGCGGCCGCACCGUCGUGUUGUCCGAUGCUGGGAAACUAAUGCUUAAAGAGAGCGGCGUCGGAAAUGUUACGGGCACGGGGGGUGCGGGGGGCGCGGUGGGUACGGGGGGCGCGGGAGGCGGCGUGAUGCUGUCCGCGAAGGCCGUCAAGGCGGCCGCCGGCACCGGCCUCAAGGUGUUCACGCUCAACAGCCUGCCGGGUGCGCCGGGCGCGCCGCGCAAGCGGAUCAUAAACCCGAAGGACCUACAACAAGUGAAGAUCGUGCAGCUGCCGGCGGACGCGCGGCUGGUGCCGGCGGGCGUGGGGGGCGCGGUGGGCUCGGGGGGCGCGGCGGCGCGUGGGGGGCGGCGGCCGGCGCAGCGCCCGCCGGUCAAGAUUCUCAUGAAGAAGAGCAACUUCGAGAGGCUGAUCGCGACCGCCAACAGGAGCGCGCUCGACGGCGCUAGCGACGCGGAGGUGAGUCGCCGCCGGGCACUGCUUAUAUAUAUUUAUGUGUAUGAUUACUUUGACCACUGACGCCUAUGAAGUAUCGAAUUAAUGUCGCACUUUACUACAUAUAAGGGUUUUUAUUACAUUUAAAUAUCAAA